GCUGGAUAAAUAUGUGGAGGGCAGUGCUGAGAAAUUGUAACGUGUAUGUGGGUGCUUAUAAAUACGGUUUGAUCGAUUAGUUAGGCAGUAUCUAAGCUUGAAAUAAGCAAGGCAUCUGUCGUUUGCAAUCAUGGAUAUGUCGGUGUUGUGGAUGUAUCUGCUCAUGGUGUCCGUCCUGCUGUUGUUCCUGGUGCCCACAGCGGAUUCAACGUUCCUCCUUUGGGCCUGCAUAUUACGUCUGAAUAUCUGUCCGUUUCUCACCACCACAACCCCUGCUACGAGUUCGGCUGGAGGUUAAUGGAUUAAAAUGGAAAUGCGACAGGGCCCGUCAAAUUAUUAAUUGAUUAACUUUCCACAGACGGCUUGGCCAUAAAUAAAUGCA